AUGUUGACAGCGUUGUCCAUUACCACUGACACCUGCUUCACUGGUGGAAUGUGGAAAGAAAAGAACAGUUUAGAAGGCAGCUCUGUUACUCUGUCCUACAGAUAUUCAUCUGCUAAUUAUUUAUUCUGGUACCGACAAUAUCCAGGAAAACCGCCAGAGUUCAUCAUUUCCCACUCUGCAUCAGGAAUAGUAGGAAUCAACAAUAACGUAAUUCCUGGACUGAAGAUUAAAAUGGAGGACAAACAAAUCCAUAUGACCAUCCCCUCAGCUAAGCUGUCUGACUCUGCUGUGUACUACUGUCUUUUGCGUUUGUAUUGGAGCUUUUGCCUUUGUGUUGUGGCUUUUGUGUUUGUGUUGAACCGUCUUGGCCACCGUAGUACCAGCUUGGAAGAACAUUGCUCAUCUGCUCUGUUUGGCUUUAACAACUCCAAAAACAUGUUGCUUUACCUGUUUUUACUUUUCUCUCCCUUUAUAGCCCUAGGUUCCAUGAACAGCAUACAGCCAGAGAGUACUGAAGAACAUGUUGCAGAGGACAGAAACAUCAACCUGACCUGUACAUAUGAGGGUGCUAUCUUCAGUAUCCAGUGGUACCGACAAUACCAGAGAUCCAGACCAGAGUUCCUGCUCUACAUCACAGAGGGAGGAUCAAGUCAGCUAACUAGUUCUGAUUUCUCAGCUCACAUUGACAAGUCAAAGAAACAUGUUAAACUGGAGAUCAUCUCAGCUAAGGUGUCUGACUCUGCUGUGUACUACUGUGCU